AUGUCGAAGCACAUGGAAUACACCUCUUACCCAAGAGAUUGUCCCACGAUGGAGAACUUGGAGAGGCAAUUGAUCUGCCCCAUUUGCUUGGAGAUGUUCACCAAACCUGUGGUUAUCCUCCCGUGCCAGCACAACCUGUGCAGGAAAUGUGCCAAUGACAUUUUUCAGUCUCGAGGGACAACCCUGGGGUCUGCAGGGAGAUUCCGCUGCCCAUCUUGCCGCCAUGAAGUUGUCCUGGAUAGACACGGCAUCUAUGGCUUGCAACGGAAUCUACUGGUGGAGAACAUCAUUGAUAUCUACAAGCAGGCAUCAGCAAGGGGACCAGAAAGGCCUCUGUUAAAAACCGAGCACCCAACUUGCGAAGAGCACGAAGAGGAAAGGAUCAACAUUUACUGUGUGACAUGCGCUGUUCCCACAUGCUCCCUGUGCAAGGUUUUCGGAGAACAUAAGGAAUGUGAAGUCGCCCCACUCUCGGACAUCUGCACAAAGCAGAAGGCCAAGCUGACUGAUGGAAUUGGGGCCCUUGUGGCAAGCAAUGACAGGAUCCAAGCCUACGUUGGGGAACUUGAAGGCAGAUGCAGGAAUAUUGAGGCUAACUGCAAAGCUCAGAAGCAGGCGCUGUGCGAGAAGUUUGACCGCAUGGGGGCUAUUUUGGAAGAGAGGAGAAAGAUUAUGCUGCAGAGGAUCACGUACGAGCAGGAGAACAAGGCUCAGCAUUUGAAGGCGCUGAGCAAAGUGUGCAGUGACCACGCUGACUCUUCUUCCAAGCUGGUGGAGACAGCCCUGCAGUCCAUGGAAGAGCCUCAGAUGUCUGUUUUUGUGCAGAAUGCCAAAGUUCUCAUCCAAAAGAUUGUGGAGAUGAGUCAGAGCUGCAAACCAGAAGUCCUGGAGCCAGGAUACGACAACAUGGAGCACUACACAGUGGAUUUCAAUGCAGAGGAACGAAUCCUCUAUCAACUGGAUUUCAUUAAAGUUGAAGACCCUGAAUUGGAGACUGAAGAAGAAGGGGGCUGUGGGGAUCCAGAGGACCCUUUAGGAGAGGCUGAAGCAGGAGCUAGUGACAGGAAAGAGGACCUCAAAGACCUUUUUGCCCUUGGAAAGGAGGAGCAGGGGCAAGGAAGAUCUCUUCUGGCCAGUGGGACUCUGAAUGGUGCUGCUGAUGGGGCAGGAGCUUCAAGCCAAGAGGUCACUCAGUCUCUAGCUGAAACUAGGACUGGCAAAGAAAGCCAUCUGUGGGCUACCCAGCAGAGCCAGCUGGAUGGAGGAUUCCAGGUGGCUGACUCCAGUUCACCGUCACCUCUGCCUGAGAGUGAUUCGCCGGAUAACGUACCUACUCAAAGCAUGGCACAAUCUCAUGGAGAAGCCUUGAGCACUAUGGACAGUGCAGCAGCGACGGAAGAGGGUGGUGACCAGGGGGGCACCCAAGAGCCUGAAGCAGAACGUGUCCUCCUAAACGGAAUGGCAUCAACCACCAGCCAGGUUUGGUACCAUGUUAGCCAUUGA